AUGGCAGCCUCUUAUUUCCCCACUAAUAUUCAAUUAAUUACUGUGAGCAGGAAUCUAAGUUCCAGUCAUUUAACAGGGAAGAUAGCUGUUUCACUCUUGAACCUCACAGCAAUCCAAUCCUUAGAUUUGUCAGACAAUGGAUUGACAGGGACAGUACCAGAAGAAUUCGUACAGCUGCCAAACCUUACUGUCCUAUAUCUAAACGGAAACAGCCUCACAGGUUCAGUUCCUCGGACUCUCAAGGAGAAGUCUAACAAUGGACUGUUGCAGUUGAGGUUUGAUUAUCUUCUUCGUCCAUUUCAGCUUCUCAGCACGUUAAUUGAACAAUCGUUCUAG